GCUCGAACAAAACCCCCACACGCACGCGUCCCGUCCUCAGUCGCCGCGAUGGGGAGACCGGUUCGUCCCCCAAAUCCUGCCAUUCUGAUCCAGUCCUGAUUCUCUCCGUCGAGCGGUGGCGCUAGCGAGGGCUCGGUGCCAAAGGAGCCGCCUUUUUUCUUGAGGAUCGUUGAGCAAUGGCGCCGGCGUGGGACCGCGCCAAGCGCGCGCUCGCCACCAUGCUCUGCAUUCGCUUCCCGGCGCGCCAGAGGGCCGGCGGCGAGGAUGGAGCGGUGGAGACGCCUCCGCCUCCACCGCCGCAUGCUGUGUCCGUGCGGCGGGUCUCGACCUCUGGGAGCCGGGGCUCGAAGAAGGUAUGUGCCAUUUGCCUUGGUGGCAUCAGGACAGGAGGGCAAGCCUUGUUCACAGCCGAAUGCUCCCACGAAUUCCAUUUUCAUUGUAUCUCUUCAAGUGUCAACCAUGGCAACUACAUCUGCCCAGUAUGUCGUGCUGAGUGGAAAGAAAUUCCCUUCCAGGGUACUCAACCUGCAGACAAUGCUUAUGGAAGAUCUAGAGUAAGCCCUGUAAAUUGGCCCCAGGAUGAGGGACAAAUGUCUGUUGUCCGCAGGCUUUCCCGUGGAUAUAGUGGAAACCUUCAAGAGCAACUUGCUGUCUUUCGUACUCCAGAGACAAGCAUUUUCAAUGACGAUGAGAACAUAGAUCUUCAAUCUGAAACAGCUGGUGAACACAAUGCAGUUACUGGCUCAGUUGAGAUCAAGACAUAUUCAGAAUUUCCAGCCAUACAACAAUCAGUGAGACAGCAGGUCUUUUCCAUCUUAAUACAUCUGAAGGCUCCAAAGUACUUGGACUCGAUGAGCUCCCGUGCACCUCUCGACCUUGUGACUGUGCUUGAUGUCAGUGGCAGUAUGUCGGGUAUAAAACUUGCACUUCUUAAACGUGCCAUGAGCUUUGUCAUACAAACACUUGGACCCAAUGACCGCUUAUCUGUUAUAGCCUUCUCAUCUACAGCCCGGAGGCUCUUUCCCCUUCGCCGGAUGACCUUAACUGGUCGGCAGCAAGCCUUGCAAGCCAUUAGUUCACUUGUUGCAAGUGGUGGCACAAACAUUGCUGAAGGGCUAAAGAAAGGUGCUAAAGUGGUUGAGGAUCGUCGGCUGAAGAAUUCUGUUUGCAGCAUAAUUCUUCUCUCUGAUGGUCAAGAUACCCAUACAUUUCUAUCUUCUGAUGAGGCUGAGAUAAAUUACAGUACGUUUGUCCCCCCUUCAAUCCUUCCUGGAACAGGUCAUCAUGUGCAAAUACACACCUUUGGUUUUGGUACAGACCAUGAUUCGGCUGCCAUGCAUGCAAUCGCUGAGAUCUCUAACGGCACAUUUUCAUUUAUUGAUGCUGAAGGUUCAAUCCAAGAUGCAUUUGCUCAAUGCAUUGGUGGCCUCCUCAGCGUUGUAGUCAAGGAUAUGCGGCUAUGCAUCAAGUGUAUAGAUGAAGGUGUCUCGCUUACCUCCAUUAAAUCAGGUAGCUAUGCAAGUCAAGUAGCCAGAAAUGAGCGUAGUGGAUCAGUUGAUAUUGGUGACCUCUAUGCAGAUGAAGAGAGGGGGUUUCUAAUCACCCUACAUGUCCCGGCUGCACAGGGACAGACUGUGCUGAUCAAACCAACAUGUACAUACCUGGAUGCAAUUACCAUGGAGAAUAUCCAGCUCAAUGGUGAAGAAGUGACAAUUCAGCGUCCUGCUUAUUGUGUUGACUGCGAAAUGUCACCUGAGGUUGAGCGUGAAUGGCAUCGUGCUCAAACUACAGAGGACAUGUCUGCUGCUCGAUCUGCGGCUGAGGAUGGUUUUUUCCCUCAGGCAGUGUCAAUCCUUGAAAGCCGUCGGAGAAUACUGGAGUUCCAUGCAGCACAAUCUUCAGACAGUCAGUUCUUGGCAUUGAUCAAAGAACUAAGGGAGAUGCAGGAUAGGGUGGAGAGCCGGCAGAGGUACGAGGAAUCAGGCAGGGCUUACAUGCUGUCAGGCCUGAGCUCACACUCAUGGCAGAGAGCAACAGCACGUGGUGACUCGACUGAGCUCACCACUCUUAUCCAUACUUACCAGACACCAUCCAUGGUUGACAUGCUACAGCGCUCGCAGACGAUUCUGCCCUCUGUUGUCGAAAUGCUGAAUCCUUCUCCAACUGUUACUCCUCCAAAGUACUUCUCUAGCCACCUUCCUACCUCCCGCCAUAUUGCUUAAUCAUAAUGCAGUUCUAGCAAUAACCAGCCAGGUGUUAGGGAAAUGAAGAUAUCCAAUUCUUUAGUUUGUUUUCAGCAGAUCUUUUUCCAUUCUUUAUAGUAGGCAUGGGAUUAGAUUUAUUAUAAAUAUUUGGGUAUACUCUAGUUUGCUUUACACGAGUAAACUAUGACAGGCAACGAUAAACAGCAUAACUGAGACGGGUUAAAGGAAUGCUGACAUUGUUCAUCUGUUUGUCAUCA